AUGAUAGAUGUUGAUCUAGCCUCCAACCCACAAUGGGAAGAAAUUCUAAACAACCUUCAAUUAUUCAAAACGAUAGCUGAAAUAGAUACUCGCGAUAUUCUAAGCAAGGAGAUGGAUUCACUAGAAAAAUGGGAGGCUUUCUACAAAACUUACUUGAAAUUGAGUGCAUUCGACAUUAGGAUUGACAACACCAAAUACAAAGAUGGGGUUAUUAGCAUCCGUAGGUGGGUCUGUUCAAACGAAGGGUUUCGAAGUGAAAAUUUUCUGAACUUGCCAAACCAGAAGAAGCGUCCAAAGGAAAUAACAAGAACUGGCUGCCAAGCUACAAUACGACUGCUUUGA